CAAUAAUAUAAUUUAUAAAUAUGGAUCAGAAUGAGUAAAUGUGUUAGUUUGAAUAGUAGAAACCUUAAUACUAAUAGUUAGUUUUGCCAAUAUACUAAUAGUAAUUGUUUGUAUCUCAUGGACCAAAAUUAGGAAAGAGUUAACCACUUAAAUGUUAAGCUAAUGAUUAUAUUGAUUCUGGUUAAUUUGAUGAACCAAAUUAUCAUCAAAUAUAAGAGAAUCAAUAACCAAUUAAUAAAUAAGGGUAGGGAGUACAUUCUUAAAUGCAGUCAAUUGUAUCGUAGGAAUUAAGAACUGAAGGUGUAAAAACAAUAGUUACAGAAGAAGUGAGAUAAAAAAAAAUAUUAAGAAAAAGGAAAUCUUGUUCAUCUUGGUAAUCAGAAGUAAAGUUAGAGAUGAAGGUAGAUGAAUAAUCAAAGGAUUAAAAAGAUUUAUAAGAAUGUUCAAUAUGUUAUAUUGAGAAAGGAAAGAAUUAAUUUAUAGCACCUUUAUCUUGUAGACAUGAAUUUUGUAGUGAUUGUAUGUCAUAUCAUUUAACACAAAAUAUUUUAAAAGGAAAUGUAUUAAGUAUAGGUUGUCCAUAAUCUUUAUGUACAAUUGCAUUUACAGAUGAAUAAAUUUAAACUUUAGUAUCAGAUAGAGUGUAUGAAAAAUACAAAAAGUUUUAUGAUAGACAAAUUAUUAGUCAAAAUAAAAAUGUGCGAUGGUGUCCAAAACCAGUAAAAGAUGUUUCUUAUGAUAGGAUUGUGAAAAUUAUGUGAUAGGAAAUGGUAAUGAUUUACUAACAUGUAUAUGUGGAUAAAAUAUAUGUUUUUAAUGUGGAAAUCAAUAUCAUUAAGGAUUAGAUUGUAUAUAAGCAAUGGAUGCAUAAUAUUUAUAAGCAAGAAAAGAUAAUCUAAUAUUUGAUUGUCCUAAUUGUAAAGCACCAAUCUAAAAAAAGGGUGGAUGUAAUCAUAUGACUUGUUAUAAAUGCAAAUAUUAAUUCUGCUGGUUAUGUAGAGGCAAAUAUUCAUCCUAUCACUAUGUUAUUUUCAAUAUUUUUGGAUGUGUCUGUAUUUAAUCAAUACAAUCAUAAUCAUAGUUCCUGGAGGACAAGGUUCCAAUAUGUAACCAUUUUCUAAUCCUAUGAUGCUUAGAGUUAUGAUGAUCAUACCAAAAAUAUUACUUACUAUUAUCCUUUUCUCUGUUUUAUUAGCAUUGUUGCCAUUCAUCCUUAUUUACUUCGUUAUUGUAGCACCUUAUGAACUUACUAGAAAAGUCUGCGGAUUUAGAUUUCAUAGAUACAGAUUAUGUCCUAAAAUUGCCUUUGGAAUACUUUACUUCUUCUUAGGAGUCUUAUUAUCUCCAUUGACAGUUGCUAUUGCCAUUUUAAUUAGUCCAUGCUUUUUGAUAUUUUAUUUGUUAGAAAAUAUUUGA